AUGCUUAUUGUUUCGACGAACAUUAGAGAUUCUUUCAAGAUGACGGACUCUGUACCGAAUACGGAAGUUGAAGAUUUAGAAGACGGAGAGAUCGAGAGUGAAGGUGAAGAUGCCCCAGAAAAUCGAACAGAGGAGAAAAAUAUAGAAACAGUACCGACGCUUGAUGACAAAGUAUCACUAGAAAAAACAGAAUCCCAAGAUUUUUAUUACUCUAAAUCAGGUAAGAAAAAGAAAUCAAAAUCUAGUAAAGGGGAACAAAAAAAAGACAAAAGUAAAAAGAAUCGAAAGUAUUCUAGUCCCACUGAAGAUGACUUUGCUGGUAAUAUUGAAAAAGCAAUUAGGAAAGCAAUGAACAAAAAUGAUUGUGUUGAAGGCUUCAAUGAAGACGACGUAGAUGAACGCCGUAGACAUAAAAAAAGAAAGAAGCACGAUAGUAAGGAGGGUGGAAGUAAAAAGCGUAAAAAACAAGAGUAUUCAGACGAGGUUGAUGAAAGUGAGAUGAUGUGUGUUAGAGGUGCCUCCCCCGUGCAUAGGCAAUCACCAGUUGAAAUGUAUCCAGAAGAUGACAGAGAUUCGUAUGCAUCCGAUAGUAGCCAGGAGUCUAGGGAGCAACCACAUCACCGUCAACAGCGUCACAAUAGAUCUCAACGUGAUCGUAACAAAAAUAACAAAAAUGACAGAAGAAGAGGUACUCAUCCCUUGCAAGAUCCCGAUGGCGUCUGUUUGUAUUAUAUGCAAGGUAAAUGUCAUAAGGGCGACGAUUGCAUUUACUCACAUGACGCACAACCUCCACGAAAAAUGGAGUUAUGUAAAUUUUAUUUAAUGGAUUGUUGUGCUAAGAGAGACAAGUGUCUGUACAUGCAUGCCGAUUUUCCGUGUAAAUAUUAUCAUACUGGGCUUCCGUGUAUAUACAAAGAAGAUUGUAAGUUUGCACAUGGAAAACCGUUAACUGAUAACUUAAAAAAUAUAUUACUGAAACACAUCGAAUCCGCUCCUAAAGAAAUUUUAGGUGAUUUUCCUAGGCUAAAUAGAGAAGGGGCUUUAAAGAUGAUACAAACAACGCAAAAUAAAUUAGUACAACAAUACUCUGAAAGUCAGGAACCACAAGAAAAAUCCAUUCCAUCGCUCUUUGAGCUAAAUAUACCAAACCCCCAAAAUACUCUAGAUUCCUUGCAAAACAAUCAAUUUCUAAAUGACAGACAAAAUAAAUUAUCACCUAAAGUACGACAGUCACGGUGGCAAAAUGAUGCUUCUAAUCAGAAUUUCAAUAACGUAUCACAAAAUAGUACCAUGACGACCACUGACAUAUUAAGCAUUAAGAAUCUAAACGGAGUCUUAAGUCCUCGACAAAUUGCCGAUCUUACAAAAAUGGGAAUUGAAAAUUUAGAUCAGCUCGGCCAAUUAACGGUGUUACAGCUUAAUAGCAUUGGAUUAUCUCUCAAACAGAUAACUGAAAUUCAGUUAAAUACAAUGAACAUACAGAAGUUAGGACUAAUAACUAACAACGAACCUCAACAGUAUGUAAGUCAAACAACUGUAACACAAGAUUUGGACUUACGAGUACCACCGGUAGCACCAGUAUCUAACAGUGUAACUAUUGCGGCUGAUUUGCCAGGUCAAGACGUAGACAUGCGAUUUCAUCCAUCUGUAUUACUGCCGCCAGCUGAUGAUAGUUCUAUAAAUAAUGCAAACCAGGAGUUGCAAGCAAAUAAAGAUAACAUGAUUGACAUAGAUCAAUAUACAAAAGAUGCUUUAAAAUUUGCGUCUAAAGAUAAAGAAAAUAUUGAUAUAUCCAAUGAAGCCUUUGACACAGAUAAGCCUGUAAUUUCGAACGAGUCUAAGGAUGUAGACCACAGAGUCCUUCCUUUUUCGGAUGAAGAUCCGAGACUAUUACACUCAGUUAUAAAAGAAAAUAGCUUAGGAAAAGAAUGUGAUACUGAUAUAAGAUUUCUUCAUCCAGAAUCGUUGUUUAAAAAUUCUGAAAAGAGACACCGUCGUUCAACUACAGAUGAUGAAGAUAAUAACUUACUGAUUGAUGAAAAAUGGUAUUCUAGUGAUGAAGAAAAGGGCGUGAAAAGAAAGUCUCCAGCAUCAUCACCAAAACAAACACCCCCCUCUCCACAACUGCCUGCCCCUCACGUUAUAGAAGCGUCAGCAGUACUUAGUAGACUCGGUGAUCUCUCGAAAAUAGAUAUUAGUGAAGAGGUCACAAAAUUAUUGAAUACCAUGAAAAAUAAUUUGCAAGAGAAUAAAGUAGAUAGUAAUACUGAAGGAGCUGAAUCACCUCAGAGAUCAAGGGAUCCUCGGUCUAGGCGAUCUCCAGAAAAAGUAAGUGAUCCCAUUAAACCUAUCACUAAAAAAACUCCCAAAGUGUCUAUUUAUGAGUGUGUAGAUGGUGAGCCAACAGACGGCCGACGAAGAACUGAUGUCGAUUUGCGAAAGACUGACUUUAACCUUCCAUCUUUUGGUGAUACAGAUCUGCGUCAAACUAGUGGUGACAUUGAUUUUCGUUUAGGAUUACCUUUCAAACCUCUUCCAAACUAUACUCCUGCAUCUGAAAUAAACGGAUCGAUUAAUAGUCAUCCGCCUAUCCCAUAUAAAUUAGUAACAAUAGAUAUACCUCGACCCGAUUACACAGAUAUUAGAAAUAGUACUGCAAAAUCCCAAGCUUUGGUUGAUCCUAGAUUAAGGAAAGUCUUUAGAUUAUCCGUCGAAGAAUCUAACAGUGAUAGUGAAAAGUCAUCUAAAACACCUGCCGCUCCUGCGGGCCCUAGAAUCGAUCCGCGAAGAAAGCCUAAGGAUGCUGUUGAAUCUGUGAGUCAAGAACAAAAAUCCAAUUCCUUGGAUUUACAAACUAUUUUGCAAAACUCUAAUUGGUAUAAAGACUUAAGUUCAACUCAAAAAAUAUUUGUAAAUCAACAUUUAGCCCCUGUGACACAAAUGAUAAAGCAGUAUCAACAAGAAAAGUCACCUGGAAAAAUAUUUGAUUUAGGUGUAAUUCAAGGUAACAGUGUUUUAUGUAGUAUACUUACAAAUUUAGGUAUCUCACUGGGAGAAAACGGUGAGUAUUCUUAUUUACCAAAACCCAAAGCACCCUUACUUAAAACGCCCAUUAAUUUCAACCAAAACCAAUUUGUCAUGAAUAGUAAUAUGUCUGGACCACCGAAUUCAAUGGAUGGUGGUAACAUAAACUUGAUGAAUAUGCCCAUGGGUAUAGGAGGUAUGAAUAAUAUGAAUUUAGGUAAUAAUAUGCACGGAUUUAAUCAGCCAAUAUCAGAUCCUCGUGGAGGUCCCACACCUGGUUUAUUAGGGAUAGCUCCGAACAUCCCGCAUAAUUUUAAUAAUAAGUUUGCCGGGCCCAAUAAUUUUGGAAAUAUGCCGUUUAACGGUCCAGGUCAAGGUAAUGAUUUUAACUUUAUGGAUGGCGAACAAAAUUAUCCUAGAUUCCCUAACAGAGGAAACCAUCGAGGGCGUGGCAAUGAUCGUUGGAAUCGUGGUAAUCCUGGUAGAGGUCAUAGAGAGCGAAAAAAUUUCAACGAUCGAGGCAGUUGGAAAAAUGAUAGAAAUUAG